GCCACCUAUCACUAGCUUGGGCCUUUCAGCUGGAAGGUUACGUCCUAUUAAACUUGCUGGUUCCUCAGACAUUCGCACCAUCCUUACUUUGGGUAAGUCAGAUGAUUCGCCUAAAGUUUCGAGCAUGGACACACUCGGUCAAUCUUCAGAUACUUUUCUGGUCUCUUCCGAAGCUUUUUCACAUUCCGCUUCCGUGAGAGCAGUCUGUAGCAAAUCGGUCGACCAAGAGCUCGACUGUCUAGGCCGCUUUGCUACAAAUGAUGCAAAUAAUACUGAGGCCGAUGAGCACAGUAAAGACAGUACUGAGAAUUGCGAAGGGCCUGAUGAAUCUGUUUUGUUAGUUAUGAGAUCUUCUCGCCCUAUAUUUUCUCUAGCAAGUAGCGAAAGUGAUAACAGCAAUUCUAAUAACAAUGUUCCGUGUGGCAAUUCAUUGUUUGGCCCCGAUCCAGCAAUGCCUAAUGCUUCCAAUUUGCUGACGGCAGGGGCCACGGGCGAUGCCUUUAGUGAUUGGGUCAUCUGUCACGAAUGCCGGUCCCGAGUUUCUGUGUGGUCCAUGCCGGAACACUCCGAUUUCCACUUUGCACAGGGCGUACAAAAGGCCUGGAAUGAAGAAAACCGGGAUCUUUCUGUGGAUAUGAAAUCUAGGUCGUCGGGACAGCCAAAUUCUCUUUUGACGAGUUCCAAUAUUUGCCGAAAGGGAUUAACCACUUUGCCCAGCGGUGAUUCUUUGAUUGACUUUUCUAGCAUGGCAACAUCUGGUACCUCGAAAUUGAUCUCAGUACCCAAGGCGGCUGCCGCAAAAGGCUCUGGCAAAGUCCGAAUUUCCGCA